AUGAAUCAAGAAUCAUCAUUAUUCAAUAGAGAACAACAACAGUAUCAAGCAAAUGAGAAUGAUUAUAAAUUAGACGAAAGUAUAUUGUUAACUGCUGCUACUGUAUCACCUUUAGAUAAUGGUGGUGUUAAUUUUGAUAAUUAUGGUAAAACUACUAGCGUAGAUAAUAAUAAUAAUAAUAAUAAAGAUCAAGAGCAACAACAACAACAACAAUCAUCAUCAUCACCAAAAUCAAAUACAUUCUUUAGUAUUAGAAUAGUUGAUAUAGACUUUUAUUUAGCCAAACCGACUGUCCCUCUUGAUGUAACACAUUCACCACUUGACAAUUCACCUAUUCCACUUGUACCAAUUGUAAGGGUGUUUGGUUCUACACCUGCAGGUCAGAAAGCAUGCCUUCAUCUUCACAAGUUGUUUCCUUACUUCUUUAUUGAAUACUCUGAGAAGUUACCUUUAGAUUUAGAUUAUGGUAAUGUUAAUCUCUAUAGCAUAUUAUCUUUUAUUUAA